AUGGCAUUAAAAGGAUUAAAAAAUCGUAAAAGUCGACGAGUUCCAGCAGCACGUCGUUACAAAAUCAUUAAAAAAAUCGCAGAUUCGAAGCGUAAAAAAGAGAAGGAAGCUAAAAAGUUACCGAAGAGAAGUGCUAAGCAGAAAUUGAUUCAAAUCCCUAACAUUUGUCCAUUCAAAGAAGAAAUUUUGAAAGAUGUUGAAGCAGAUAAAGCAAGACGGGAAGAGGAAAAGAAAGAAAAGCUGGAAAAAAUGAAAUUAGAACGUUUGGAGGCUAAGAAAAAACAAACUCUAGAAUCGAUUGUGUCAGAUGCUGCUGAACGUGGUGAUAAUCAUGUUGAGAAAGAUGGAAAUGACGACGUGAGAAAAAAAAUUGAAAAUCAAAAUAAUCAAAAAACUAAAGAAAACUCUUUAAAAUCUUACUUCAAAGAGUUUAAGAAAGUCGUCGAUGCUGCUGAUGUCAUACUUGAGGUUUGUGACGCUCGCGAUCCACUUGGAACACGUUGCUCUGAAGUCUCAACAAUUAUUCGUGAAUCGCCUGGUCAGAAGAAACACGUUCUUGUGUUAAAUAAAUCUGAUUUGAUUCCUCGUGAGAAUCUUGACCGAUGGUUGAAAUAUUUAAGAAAAUUCGGUCCUGUCAUUCCGUUCAAAGCAAGCACACAAACACAAAAGCAGAACAUUGGACGUCGUAAGUUUAACAACCGAAAUAAAGGACAGAAGAUUCAAUCAUCACCAUGCAUUGGAGCAAAUCUGUUGAUGUCUUUACUCGCUAAUUACAGUCGGAAUAAAGACAUGAAAACUUCAAUUCGUGUUGGUAUUGUUGGCAUACCAAAUGUUGGUAAAAGUUCGAUCAUCAACUCUUUGAAACGUCGUCGUGCUUGCCAGGUUGGAGCAAAUCCUGGAAUCACAAGAACAAUGCAAGAAGUCGAGAUAGAUUCGAACAUAAAAAUCAUUGACAGUCCCGGAAUAAUCUUUCAACGUCCAAAAAAUGAGUCACCUGAUGAGUUCUUUGCUCUUAAAAACGCUCAACAUAUUAACACUGUUCAAGAUCCUUUUCCACUUGCAACUGACAUUCUCAAACGAGCCACAGUCAUGUAUUUCUGUAAAUUAUACGACAUCACGGAAUAUCGAACACCAGAAGAGUUUCUCGCUAAGAAAGCUGUGAAAAUGGGAAAGUUGAUUCGCGGUGGCGUUCCAGAUAUUCGUUCAGCAGCACGAAGUUUAAUUCAUGAUUGGAACACUGGAAAAAUUAAAUAUUGCACACAACCGCCUAUGGACAACUCUCUUGACAUUCAUCUCGGUGCUUCAAUCGUCACAAAUCCUCAAGAACAGAAAGAAUUACAAAUCGACGAUCUUGAUGAACUUGAGAAAACUUUCAUGAAUCAACUUGAUGAACAUUACAACAUUGAAACUGAUGAGGUUGUGAUGGAAGUGGAGACAAAAGGUCCAGUGUUAAUGAAGACAAGUAAAAAGAACAAGAAUGAUUAUGGCGAUGGUGACAUCUUUGAAGAUGAAGAAGAAGUAAUAAAAGCUGAUAAAAAGAAGAAGAGAAAGUCGGAAGACGAUGGCUACGAAACUAAAAAACUUAAGGAAGAUCCCGUCUUUAAAAUUGCUGGCAAUCAAUCACUCAACAAACUAAACAAAAGUUCAGCGAAGAAAUUGAAGAAACAGAAAACAAAAACUGAUAAAAAGAUUUCAAAUGUCGCUGAUGUGCUUGACAACUUUUCUCUCGAUAUGGGUGAUGACGGAGAUUAUGAUUUCGAUGAUGAUUAUGUUGUUGAAUGAAUUUUUUAUCUUUUAUUAAUCUUCUGAUGUUCUUAUAAAUUCAAAGAAAAUUCUGAAUUAAAGCAAAACUUCUUUAAAUCUAUUUUAAGUUUGCACUUUUUGCAAUUUGUUCUUUCAGUUGAAGAAUCGAAGCUCGUUGCUCAGGUGGAAGAAUUGCAAUCUGUUCAUCUGUGAGUUUCAAAACUUGCAUGAUGAGCGCUGCUUUUUCUUGAUCAGUUGCAUCGUUAGAAAUUCCUCGAUGAAGUUGCGCAGCAAAACUGGAUGAUUGUUGUUGCUGUUGUUGUG